AUUGCAACCUCUACCGACCAACCAGAAACCCCCCCACACUCCCCCAAUCCUCAUCUCAAUUCUCAAGUACUUCAACCCAGUCAUUCCAUCCUGUGAUCUCCCAUGGAAAGAAACAAACCAAAAAUCUGAAGAAAAAAAAAUCAAGAGAGACAAAAGGCAUAUGCAGAGGUUAAUAUACACAGAGUGAUCUAUCUGUCUGUACUCUGUAGCUUAUCAAUCUGGGAAAACAGAGGGCGAAAUGAUGUGCUGCUACAUAGGGAAAGCGACGAAGAUCUUCAUCUUCAUUGUCACUCUUCUGGUAGUGACUGGCCUUGUCUUGGGGCUCCACGGAUUUAUCAGGAAACAUCUCAAUCACAAGGAUGCCGACAAUACAUCUUGCUCCGCCGAUUCUUGCGACCUCACUGCAAACCCUAAUUCCCAAAUCAAUCCCAUUUCUGCUUUCCCCAACCCAAAUUCUGGUAGUGUCCCGCCAAACAACGGCCCGUCGUCCGCUGCACAGCCGCCGCCGCCGCCACCGGGAAGUUUAAAUCCUAGCCUGAACAAUCCCAAUUUGACUCCUCCUUCCCCUCAAUUACAGGCCUCCACACCUCCACCACCCCAAUCGCAGUCCGUCUCGGCUCGGCCGCCAUCAUUGAGCCCUCCCGGCGCAGCUUUGGUAGCCUCAGGUCCUGUCCAUUCUUAGCUAGAAUAGGGAGUUUUUUUAUUCAUUUUAUAUUACAUUUGGCCCAUAGCAUUAGCCUAUUUUCGGUCGAUUCACUUUCUUGUUAUUCCUUGUAAUGGUGAUGAUGAUUGGCAUUAGUGGUGGGCAAUUCGGUUUACGGUUCGGUUUUCUUCGGUUUCGGUUCGGUUUCGGUUUAUUCGGGUUGAGAGAAUUUGUACCAAACUAAAACCAUUUGUGUUUCGGUUUGGUUUCGGUUCGGUUCGGUUUGAAGUUCGGUUUACCAAAGUAAAAAAUAUUAUGUUUAAUUUGGUUUGGUUUGAUUCGUUUGCUUAUGUUUAUUAUUUUAUU